AUGACAUCGUGCCCGGUGAAUUGGUUUGCGGUUGCAAUGUGGUUCCAAGGGCUUACGUGCGCAGACGCGUUGGGCGCGCUUCGAGCAAGUCGAUUGUUGAGGUUCUGUUUGCGACCUUGGGUAUUGUCGCUUGUUGACGACGCAGAACCUGCUACACAGUCUUCAGCAGUCAUGGAUCCCCAUUUUCGAAAUCUGCUGCAAAUGUCAGCGAAUCGGCCAAAACCCCCAGAGAGCCCAAGUAGCCGACAUUCGCAGCAUGUCCGAUCACGACCAUCGUCAAUCAACUCAAGCGCACUCCCUAGUCCAUCCAUGUCGUGUGGAAAUAAUGCGCCCUCUACCCCACGGAGAAAUAAACGACGAAUUGACGACAUUUUGAGCCCGCGAUCAAACAACGACAGAAUAUUGAUGACAUCCCCAUGUCGCAACGCCUCAGCACAUGCACUCAGAUCACCGAUGAGGAAUGCCUUUACGGGUUCACCACGGGUUGACGGAGAAGACGAGCCAGAAGAUACAUACUCGCUUUUAAUGUAUCGAGAACUACUCGAUACGCCGUCAAAACGAGGGCGCUUAAUUGGUCCAAGUCCACAGAAACGAAUCCUACCACCGCCUCCAGACUGUGCCCUCAGUCCAAAAUACCUACGAUCAUCCCUCUCGGCGGCAAGUCAGAGUUUGGUACGAUCACCGCAGAGGGGCCAUUGGGAGAUUCCUCGUAGUCCUUAUAAAAUCCUGGACGCCCCCGAAUUACAGGACGACUACUACUUGAACCUGAUAGAUUGGUCCUCUACAGAUAUCCUUGGAGUUGGCCUAAAUACUUGUGUGUACCUAUGGAGUGCCGCCAGUAGUAAGGUCACAAAGCUUUGCGAUUUAGGCCCAAAUGAUAGCAUUACUUCCGUCAAUUGGAUGCAAAGAGGUACUCAUUUGGCUGUAGGCACGGACACCGGGCUCGUCCAACUUUGGGAUGUUGAAAAGGAGAAGAAGGUCCGACAAUUUAAGGGUCACACCAAAAGGGUCGGUACAAUUGCCUGGAACGGUGAGCUUCUUACGUCUGGAAGCCGGGAUAAAACUAUCAUGCAACGGGAUGCCCGGAUACGCUACGGACAUGUCAGCAUUCUCAACGCCCACACUGCGGAGGUGUGUGGGUUAAAGUGGAGUCCAGAUGAAACUCAAUUGGCCUCCGGAGGGAACGAUAACCAGUUGAUAAUAUGGGAUAAGCGAAGUGAUACACCAAUAUGGACACCAGCGAGCCCACAUCAAGCCGCCGUGAAGGCACUGACAUGGUCACCGCAUAGACGACAUAUGCUUGCAUCAGGCGGAGGGACCGCCGAUCGGAAAAUCAGAAUAUGGAAUGUUCAAACAGGACAUGCCAUGAAGCAGAUAGACACAAAUUCGCAGGUGUGCAACCUUGCGUGGGGAAAACAAUCAGAACAUCUUAUCAGCACGCAUGGUUAUUCCCGAAACCACAUAACCGUGUGGAAGCAAACAGAGACGUCACUGAAAGAAGUCGCGACUCUAACAGGCCACGGCUCUCGAGUCGUAUAUCUUGCCAUGUCUCCAGACGGGCAGAGUAUAGUGACGGGUGCGGGGGAUGAGACUCUGCGAUUUUGGAAGAUUUGCAACGCAAAGAAACCCCGGCAACCAGAGAUUGACACAUCAACAUGUGUGAUUUAAGGAUGAAAAUCCGAUUUUCUUCCAACUCUUACUUUACCAUCAUUGUUAUCCACAUAAGUAUUAAUGUAAUAUCUAGAAUACUGCCACUUCUAUAAACUAUGAUAGUGCCAUUUCAAU